AUGUAUCUAUUGAUCAGAUUAAAAAAGAAAUCUUCAGCAGGUGCAUGUGUGGUAAUGAUAGCACAACCGUCAACCCUGUCAUGCUACAAAGAAGGCAUCUUCCUUCCAUCAUUAAAAUGCUCGAGAUCAAGAUUUCUAUUUGUGUCAUACCUCCAGAAGCCUGUCUUUGUUUAUAACAAAAUAAUAUGCCCUCCACGAUGCUUAUCGUGCCUAGCUGUACCCUCGCUCAACAAUUCCAGGCAGGUGAGCUGGGCUGUAAAGAGCAUGGUAGAUGACAGUAGUUCAGACCCUCCAGGAAGCAGUAUGAACAGCGGUACUCGCCUGGUAAGAGCAGUUCAAUCUUUCCGGACCAACUUGACAACUAGAAUUAAGGAGUUGAAGAAGGGGCUGUGGAUGAAGGUCCUCUUCUUCUUGGUGGGGUUCUAUUGUGCAACAGCAUUUGCCACUGUUAUUGGGCAAACUGGUGACUGGGACAUUCUUUCUGCUGGUUUGGCUGUGGUGGUGGUUGAGGGGAUUGGUGCUCUCAUGUACAGGGCUUCACUUCCAUUACUCGACAAGAUGAGGCAGCUCAUCACUAUUUUCAAUUACUGGAAGGCAGGGCUUUCUUUGGGAUUGUUUUUGGACGCAUUCAAAUAUGAAAUGGAUUUAAUUUUUGACUCAUGUAAACCCUUCAAUAUUGAAAUAGAUAUGUUCCCUAUAUUUUGGUAACUUAUGCCUUCCUCCACAGAGAUCUGAUUCGGAGGCAAAGUUGCUGCAUUUGGAAGUAGCUAGAGUUGGAUCCUCUGUUGAUUUAGAUUUACUGCGAAAUAUAAUCCUAAUUUA